UAGAAUAAUCAUCGUGUAAGCCAGAAGUUUUAUUUAUAGGGAGGGGAAGAAUUCUCUCUCGUGGUCUGUUCAUCAACAAUCGAAGCAACAAAUCAUGCCUGGAAAUAGGGAUUGCACAGUUUAUGUUGGUAACUUGGAUGAGAGGGUCAGUGAAAGAGUAUUGUAUGAUAUCCUCAUUCAGGCAGGAAGGGUAGUGGACUUGCACAUUCCACGAGACAGAGAAUCUAAUCGUCCCAAGGGUUAUGCCUUCGCGGAAUAUGAAACUGAGGAGAUAGCAGACUACGCUGUCAGGCUUUUCACUGGCCUUGUGACUCUUUACAAUAGAUCUUUGAAAUUUGCGAUAUCUGGGCAAGAUAAGACUACACCCUUGUCUUCCAAGCCAAGGCCUCAACCCUUAAUUUAUAGCCAUAGUGAAACAAGGUUUUCUUCAUUUACCGCAAGUGAUAUACAACAAGAAUUAACUCCUCCGGGAGUAAAACAGGGUAAUGGUUAUGGAUUAGAACUCAGCAGCAAAAAUUACGACAUCAGUCGUCAGGUUUUAGGAGCAGCAGAAGAGAGCAUUCGCCGCACAAAUUCAAGUCGAAAAAUGUAAACCACGUUUUGAUCUAAACGACAACAUGAUUCCGAUUGCACCAAUUGCAAGAACAGUGAUGGCUCUAGAACCACUCAGAAUUUCUUCUAAUGCCGUCUCGCUGGAUUUACCUGCACAAGAACCUUUCACGGCUAGUUUCGAUAGAUUGGAGAGACAUUUCUCUAGUCCUCCAAAUUUCUUUUCUGAUCUUUCACAAGAAUCUAAUAGAACGGCGACACGUUCUACUGCAGUCGUACUUGGCUGCGAAUUCCCAUCUAGCCAAUGCGCAACGGUCUUCAUCAAAUCGAUGUAGUUACGAAUAGUCUCUAUUUUCUCCCGCAGAUUAUUGCAAGCAUCUAGCAGUUCCACGACGUCUUCAACAUGAUUUUCAAUUGCUUUCCUAUCACUUUUGCAGUACGAAUUCGUAAACAAUUCCAAAGCAAUUUUUUGGCUAUCGAUGGCAACAUCAACUGCACCCAUGAACCAUGUAGCAAUCGAUGAAGAAGACUCAGAUGGACCGACUUCAAUUCCUCGAAACCUUAAUGCGUCGAGUUCUCCGGCUAACCAUCCGUCGAAUGAACUACGAGAAUUAGGCCAUGGAGUUACAGACGACGACGUUGGCGAUGACUUCGCCUGAGAUUUCAGACGCUUGAAUGAACUAAAAAGUGUAGAAGUGGACUUCAUAUUUUCUGAAUUUGAGUUCUGUGAGAUCUUCAGUGUUAAGACUUGGAAGUUGGAACAAUCUUUGUGUCUUCAGAACAAAUGAAACAGCAGAGUUUUAUAGCUAGACUUCCGGAGAGUGGGUCCCAGUUGCCUAUUUUAGGUAAGAAUUGUGGUCCGAUCUAAAUUUGUUGUAACUUCAGUAGAUUGGCCACGUCUGUUGUUGUAUCUAAAGCAAUCUCCCCCUCCUCAAUAAUU